UAGCCCAAUUUUCUGAAAACGAAACAACUCGAUAUAUACUAACCGUUUAUACAUAUUUACUGUCAUUGGCACUUACGAUAAUGUAUAUUUUAACUUUUAAUUUAGAAAUCGAAGAUAAUGGUUAUGUUUUAUCAAAUGUGGUUAGUACUAUGGUGUUUGGAUCACAAAUUCUUGCACACUUGGUUACUCUCCUUGAAUCUUCUAUAAAACAAGCAAGCCAAGUUCGAUUUUUUCUUAGAAUCCGAGAGUUUGAUAAUUUAAUUCGUUACAAAUUACUUCACAAGGUUAAUUUUCAAGACAUAACCAAAAAAUUACUUCCAAAAUACAUUCUAGCGGGUGUAGUUAUCAUUUUGUGCUAUCUUGUCAACAUGUAUACUGUAGCAAAGCAUUUACAUUUCUAUAGCCAUUUGGCAUCUGUUGCGACUCUCAGGAUACGUUUUAUUCAGGAAGAAGUUUACUUAGAACUAUUAAAUGCUCGUUUUAACGUUCUUCAAAUGAAACUUAAGCAAAUGGUUAACUGCAAACAGAGUAAAAAAAAUAAGUUUCUCGAUGUAAACUAUGAGGUCCUUCAUCAUCCAUUAAGGAUAAUGACAUUGAAAGAAGGUUUCACUAAAUUGCAUGAAGCAUUAGAGUACUUUAAUGAUAGUUUUGGCUGUUCAUUGCUUUUUUCGAUUAGCAGUUAUUUUCUUGAUUUUACUUGUAACAGCUAUUGGCUUCUGUUAGCAAUGGAUGAUAAACGGCCAGACUAUAUGAUUGGGGACUAUUCAACAACAUUAAUACAGAUAUGCCUUCAGUUGAGUAUGCUAUGUCGAACUGGGCAUAUAUGCAUCGAAAAUUUAAUAGAAGAAAACAAGUUAACAGAACAGCAGCAACACAAACAGCAAUCAUUAAACUGGGGCCCCAUCUAG